AUGAAGUUCCUCGCUGCUGUUACCAUUACCGUCCUUGCGGCUGUCGCAAAUGCGAGCCCGGCUCCGGCUCCGGCCCCGGCUGCGAAUGUUUGUGCCGUCGUUGGCCAAGGCUGCUCUCUUGUGAACUGUUGCAGUGGAUAUCACUGCAUGAACAAAAACAGAGUCAUGCAGUGCGUGGCGAACUAG